AUGGCUAAAGGUAAGAAUAAGCAACAUGAAGCUAGAACUGGGAAACCUUCAAGAGGUUCUAAUGGUCAUAGUUCUAAGUUGAAUCACAAGCAUAUGGAGAUGAAAAAAUAUGGUAAGAAUAUUAGUCAAGAUGAUAAGUUUCCUGUUAAGUUAGCAAUGUGGGAUUUUGAUCAUUGUGAUCCGAAAAGAUGUAGUGGUAAGAGAUUAGAAAGGUUGGGUUUAAUUAAAUCUCUAAGAGUUGGUCAGAAGUUCCAAGGUGUUGUAGUUUCUCCAAACGGUAAAGGUGUAUUGUGUCCAAACGAUAGAGAGAUUGUUGAAGAAUUUGGUGCCUCAGUUGUUGAAUGUUCUUGGGCAAGAUUAGAUGAGGUUCCCUUUAAUAAAAUUGGUGGGAAACAUGAAAGGUUGUUACCUUAUUUAGUUGCUGCAAAUCAAGUUAAUUACGGUAGACCUUGGAGAUUAAACUGUGUGGAAGCGUUAGCAGCCUGUUUUGCCAUUGUAGGGAGAAUGGACUGGGCGGCCGAAUUGUUAUCCAAUUUCUCUUGGGGUCUUGGUUUUUUGGAAAUCAAUGAAGAAUUAUUGAAAAUUUAUCAGCAAUGUACAGAUUCUGAAUCUGUUAAGAAAGCUGAGGAAGAAUGGUUAGCUAAAAUUGAACAAGAAAUCCAGGAGAGAAAAACUCAGGCAAGAGAAUCAGAUAUAUGGAUGAUGGGUAACACUAACAGAAAUAUGAAUGGGGAUGACGAUGAGGAGGAGGGAAAUAGUUAUGAAGCACUCUCUGGUGAUGAUUAUGAGGAAGAGAAUAAUAACAAAAGUGCUAGAUAUGAUAACCUAGGGAACAUCAUUGAAAGUGAAGAAGAUUAUGAUGAUUAUGACGAUGAAGAGGACCGUGUUGAAGUAAAAUACGAUUCCCUUGGAAAUAUUAUUGAAAACAGUGAUUAUGAACAAUAUGAAGAGGAGAAAGAACUUAGAUACGAUUCUUUAGGAAAUCUGAUUGAAUCAGAAGGAGAAAUAUCAUCAGAAGAAGAGGAUGAAGUAGGUGAUGAGGAUGAAGUUGACUAUGAAGAAGAUAAAAUUGAACAUAAAAUGGAAAAUCUAAAGGUAUAA